AAAGCGUCGGCAGGAAGCGGGAGGACUUGCUUUUCGUCAGGCCUUUGCUUGGGAGGCGGUUCUAAAUGGUGAUGAGUCAAUUCCCCAGGAAAGUCAUGGCGCUGGCUUCGCGGCUGUGGCGCUUUCUUCUCCCUUCUGGGCGGGUUGCAGUCCCGGGACUUCGGCUUCCGAGGCGGGUUACUGGCGGGCGCGGAUCGUGCGUGCAGGGACUCAGCGGCUCAGAGGUAGCUGCUGAGUUCUGGCUCACGAGGAGGGCGCGUGCUGGCUACUCCCGCACACAGCAAAAUUGUACUGAAUGUUUUCUCUGAGCACAGCUCUGUUCAAUGCUGAGGAUACAAUGAAUGUGAUAGGAAACCCAGGAGCUUUCAAAAGAAGCCUUAUAUUCUCAGCCUUGUCUUAUUUGGGUUUUGAAACUUACCAACUUCUUUCUUCGGCUGCUGUGGUUCAUGCCACAGCCAAAGUCUUCAGAGUUGAAGAAAUACUCCAACAAGCAGACUACCUCUAUGAAAGUGGAGAAACGGAAAAACUCUAUCAGUUGCUGACCCUGUACAAAGAAAGUGAAGAUGCAGAGUUACUGUGGCGUUUGGCUCGGGCAUCACGUGAUGUGGCUCAGCUUAGCAGAACCUCAGAAGAGGAGAAAAAGGCCCUGGUAUAUGAAGCCCUAGAGUAUGCAAAAAGAGCACUAGAGAAAAAUGAAGCAAGUUUUGCGGCUCAUAAGUGGUAUGCGAUCUGUAUUAGUGAUGUUGGAGAUUACGAAGGCAUCAAGGCUAAAAUUGCAAAUGCCUAUGUUAUCAAGGAGCAUUUUGAGAAAGCAAUUGAAUUGAACCCUAAAGAUGCUACCUCAAUUCACCUAAUGGGUGUUUGGUGUUACACGUUUGCUGAAAUGCCUUGGUAUCAAAGAAGAAUUGCCAACAUGCUGUUUGCAGCCCCUCCCAGCUCCACCUAUGAAGAGGCCUUAGGCUACUUUCAAACGGCAGAGCAAGUGGAUCCAAACUUCUACAGCAAAAACUUGCUUCUUUUAGGAAAGACAUAUUUGAAGCUACAAAACAAAAAGCUUGCUGCUUUUUGGCUGUUAAAAGCCAAGGACUACCCGGCACACACACAGGAGGAUAAACAGGUACAGGCAGAAGCUACUCAGUUGCUUACAGGUUUCAGUGGCAAGAAUUAAGAAUUUUUCAGAGAAGAAAGAAAACACCUGAAAUCUAGGAAACACUGCCUUUUCAUCAAAUUAUAAGUAUGUUAACCAUAA